AUGUCCACCGGCAAGGAGGCUUCCGUGCCGAGUGACGCGGCGGCCCCGGACAGACUCAACGGCAGCGUCGGCGCCGCUGCCAAGCGGCCGCGCGACAGCGAGGGCGCGGAGCGCUACGGCGGACCUGCUUCAAACCCCAAGGCGGAGGCGCUGAGCGAGAAUCUGGGCUGCGCGCACGCGCAUGGCUGCUGCGAGAGCUCGGAGGCGGAGCUUGCUCGACGAGAGCUGCUCGAGCUCAUCACUGCGCCCGACGCUGACGGCACUUGGAAUAUGACUCGGGCGAGGAUGCGUCAGCACGAGUACUAUUUCAUCGUGCAGCGCAGGCUGGCUCGCCACUACUGUUGGCUGGAGCUCCUCUCCCGCCCGACGUCGAGCCGCUGCUGGGUGUCGGCCGCGCAUCUCCUCACGGUCGCGCGUCAGGCCAGGGGGCAGGGCGCAAGCGUCCCCCUGGUGGCGGCGCAGGGAAACGCGGAGACGCGAGCGUUUCGCACGCCGCGAAGCGGACGGGGCCGCGGCAAGGCGGAGCUGGCUGAGGCACCAAGCGCCGGCGGGGAGCUCCCGGACUCAUCUCGACCUGCAUUGACAAAGUGCGUUUACCUGUCAGUCGUCGACGUCGCGUGCGAGAUCCAAUAUCGCCGAUCGAUAGCAAUCUGA